AUACGAAAUUUUCACUUGCGCAUUCUUAGAGUUUUUUACAAUAAUUGUAGUAUUAUUUCGAACGUUAUAUGCGGUGAUCCUUGUAAGUGGAAGAAUGGGUAGAAUAAAUUUAUCGGUGUAUUUUGCUAUAGUGAUCGUUAUUUUAUGUAAUUUUGCGUAUUGUCAAACAUGGGAGAGUGGUUUAAAAGAAAAAUACGACGGGUACGGAGAAGACUGGAUUUUCAUGCCUGAUGGAAAUGAUCAACCGCAAGUAGCGGUGCUAAAAGAAGCAAAUGAUGAACGUGGGAUUUUCGAUGAAUCACAAGUCUCCUUCCUCCUUUAUACUCGAUCUGGCCCAGAAAAUGGAACUCAGUUGUAUAGGAAUGAUAGACAAGGACUCCUUAACUCAAAUUUCAAACGAUCGAGGCUAACUAAAUUUAUAACACACGGAUGGAAAUCGAGCGCAAUGAGUUCCGGCCUAGUCAAAAUGAAAGACGAAUACUUAAAGUAUUAUGACUAUAAUGUCAUUAUGGUUGAUUGGCAACCUUUGGCUGCAAGCACGUUCUAUCUUGGACCAAUGCACAACACAAAAAACGUAGGAGAAACAGUUGCUCAAUUUAUAGAUUUCUUAGUUAGAGAAACAGGUCUGAAACCCAAAGAUGUCCAUUUUCUUGGGCAUUCGCUUGGAGCACAUGUAGCUGGAAACACCGGAAGUUCGAUAACUUCCGGUCGCUUAGGAAGAAUAACUGGCUUAGAUCCUGCUUCGCCCGGAUUUCAUUUACUCGCAUCCAACAAAACUAAAUUAGAUAGUACAGACGCAUUGUUUGUCGAUAUUAUCCAUUCUUGUGGUGGAGUGGUAGGCUUUUUGCAGCCUUUAGGUAGUGUAGAUUUUUACCCAAAUGGGGGAGUACCUGUUCAACCUGGUUGCUGUUGUAUUGCAGAAUUAAUAGAAGCGUGUAGCCACGGUCGAUCAUAUGUAUAUUUGACGGAAAGUAUUGGCUCUAAAACUGGAUUUGUAGCGAGCAAAUGCAACACAUGGGAUAAUUAUGUACUAGGCAACUGCAAGAAUGCCAAAACUACACUGAUGGGAGAACACGUGGAUAAAAGGGCUACUGGAAGUUAUUUUCUGAUGACGCGAUCUGAACCACCGUAUGCCGAAGAAACACCGUCAACUGAUAACAUGAUUUAAAGAAAGCAUUUAAUGUUUUAAGAUCCAUAAGAAGCAAAUCGUGUUACAGAAUAAAAUGAAUGUAUAAUGAAAGUAACUCACUAUUGG